AUGGCGUCGAAACGAUUUAACACGUUUAAAGUGGUUCUCGCCUCCUUGGCCGUGGUCGCGGUCGGGUACGUCGUGCGCACACCAUUGCUGCCCAUACGGAGGGAGAUCAAGGCGUCACUCGGGUAUCCAAAAGACUCCCUUCUCAAUUUCACCGAGCUCACCGCGAAGUACGGAUACAUGUCAGAGGAACAUGAGGUAGUCACCGACGACGGCUACAUCCUCACCAUGUUCCGGAUCGUACAGGCGAGGAACUGCCAUCAAAGGAAGAGAUCACCACCAGUACUGCUAGUGCAUGGCCUGCUGCAGAGCUCCGACUCCUUCAUAGACUCAGGACCGAAUGCUGGACUGGCUUACCUGAUUUCUGAUGCGUGCUACGAUCUCUGGCUGGGCAACGUCAGAGGAAACUACUACUCCAGGGGCCAUGUACGUCUGGACCCUGACAAAGAUACCGAGUACUGGAAGUUCUAUAUCGACGAGAUCGGGUACUACGACAUACCAGCAUUGAUAGACCAUGUACUGGAGCACACAGGGUUUGAUAAGCUGAACUAUAUCGGAUUUUCACAGGGCUCCGGAACCUUCUUAGUGAUGUGCUCUGAAAGACCUGGUUACUGUGAGAAAGUGCAGCUACUGAUCGGUCUAGCUCCAGCUGCCAGACAAUUUAACACUCAAUCAAAACUAUUUAGAAGUGUAACACAAGCCUUUGAGGUGUUAGAAGGACCACUGGAGAGUUAUGGCCUUGUGGAAAUAUUUGCUAAGGGUUCAAUAAGUCAAGAGUUCGUCGCUUUCUUCUGUCAACUGUCAGAUUUAACUGGGCAGCUAUGCGAGCAGGUUCUGGACGUUUUCGACUAUGUGCAUUCCUCUCAUUUGGGCUCAAUUACAAAUGAGACGACGAGGAAUUUGUACGGACACUUCCCCGCGGGGACAUCGCUGCAUAACAUGGCGCGGUAUGGACAGAGCACGAAGAGUAGAAGGUUUGAGAAGUUCAACUACGGCAAGGAGAAAAACUUAGUGUUGUAUGGUAGUGAGGAGCCUCCGAAGUACAAUCUCAGUGCGGUCACGGCUCCUUUCGUUUGUAUUUACGGUAGUAACGAUGGUUUAGUGGACACUAAAGACGUGGAGUGGCUGGUGAAGAAGUUACCGAAUGUGAUAGAGUCUAUGAAAGUGGAGGACCCUAACUGGAACCACAUGGACGUGACGUACAGUCAAUACACCAGUGAUACCAUAUUCCCUAAGAUAAAUGAGUAUUUAUUAAAAUAUACGAGUGAUUAG